ACCAAUGCCAUAGCAGAAGGGUCUUCAAAGAUCUCAAGGCUGUAGUCACCCAAAUAAUUUACCUGCAGAACCAUUGAUGCUUGUAAUGAGUUCACCACAUGUAGGCUUUUCUUUUUGUAAUUUGUUAAUGUUUCCAUAAGAGGGUGUAGUAUGGUACCACUAGCUAGGGCAUUAAACAUGCCACCAAAAAGAAGACAUUACACAAGCCAACCGUUACAAUGCGAUGCCAAUGGUGGUACAAUAAACUCAAACCAAAGUAGCAAUGUUUUCACCAAGUCUACUUGUCUGUGGCGUAUUUUUACCGACACUUCACUAGUCUUCUGUUUACCGUUGUCAUGUGUAAUCAAACGUAUCGAUAGACUUAACAGUAAUUGAAGAAACCUGUGAUUAUCAUAAAAAAUUACCACAUGUGUAUAUUUUUAUAGCACAAAAGGUUAUAAAGAAAAGCUCCAUGUCAUCGAAUUACUGUGCCAAAAUCAAGUGAAAAAGCCAAUCUAAAUGGAGAUGGCAGCAAUAGGACCCGGUAUUAUUUAUUUCAGCGAAAGCACAUGUGGACUUAGCCAAACCGUGUCUAAGCGAGUUUUCUAUUCCAAUGUCCUACAGUUUGGUUCAAAAUAUUGAAAACUAGUUCUUUUUGUAGUAAAGUCAAAGUUGAAGUUCAUAUAUGUGUUUGUAAUCGUAUACAAUAAACAUAAGAUAGUGAGACCAACAAUUCACAAGUCAAACAACAUCUCAAGAAGCCUAUAUAUACGAGUCAUUAUCGAAUUCAUUCAUUAUACAUACAAACCCAAAGCUCAUUUUUGUUUUUCUUGGUCUUUCAUUCAAGAAAAAGAAAAAGGAAAAAAAAAAAUUGAACAUGAUGAAGAAACAGUUGGUCCUCGUGAUCAUCUUAGUUGUUAUUUUCUUUGCUGUCUUGGACGCUACGCAAGUUGAAGCCAUGAGGCCUUUCCCGGAGGCUGUCGAUGAGAUUAGUCUACUGUUGUUUCAGGCGCUGCAAAGAGGUCCGGUCUCUGGCUCUGGUCAGAACGGUUGCACCAAUAUUCCCCGCGGUUCAGGAAGAUGCCGCCACGGCUAAAGCUGUUAUACUAAUCUUCUUCAUCUUCAUCAUUCUUUGAUUCGUUCUUUUUUCUCCCCACAUUUGUGUGUUACGUACAUAACAUUACGUAAUUUUAUUUUUGGGUAAAGAAUAGGCCAAAUCUCUAAAAUAGCACAUUUCUAAGUUUAUAUCACAAAAAUAGCACUCAAAAAAUAAAAUGACCAAAAUAGCAUUUUAUCUUUUGAAAAUUUUAAUUUUUUUAUUUUUCA